AUGAAGAACUUGUCAUGCCUCUCAUGCAAUUCACCACCCAGUCAUGCAUCCGCCUUCGACGAUGAACCUUAUGAGAGCCCAUGGUGGGUUAGGCGAUGCUGCGGGAUUGAAGGGAGCAGCUGGUCGGGAAGCCUGUCGCCGCCUCCCUAUGCCCAGUUGCGGAGCGAAUCUGUGAGGGCGGCAUCACGAGAGAAGAAGAGCGGACAUCGCAAGAUGCUGAGCACCGGCAGCCCAUUGACAGGCGACUUCGAUCUCCAUUCACCCUUGGGGGAGCCACGGUUGGUGCGCAGCGGAGGGUUACGGAGGGAUUGGAGCUUCGAGGAUGUCCGCAAGCAAAAGGCCGCCAUCAAGGAUGCGUAG